CACAAAGUUUGAUAAAUCUGGGCCAUAGUGUGUGUGGAAAGUGAUGGAUUAAAGAUGGAUAAUGUUACAGCCUAGGUAAUGGCCGUGUUGAGCUCCUAACGGGCACGCCUCUCCUGCUUCCUCAUAACCUCAGAGCAAGCGUGUGAGGGGGUGACCUUUGAUUGGCUGGAAUCUCAGACGUAAGUCACGUGAACGGCAGGGCUUGGCGGUAAGCUGUGAAGAUCUUGGACUUGGAUCUUGUGACAAAGUCUGAGUUUGGUGAGCGGCGCUGGUUGUGUGACGCUUGAGGAGAAAAUGGUGGUGAUUCUCGGCUACUGGGACAUCCGCGGGCUCGGCCACGCCAUCCGCCUGCUGCUGGAGUACACCGGGACACCGUAUGAGGAGAAGCGCUAUGCGGAGGGGGAUGCUCCAGACUAUGACAAGAGUCAGUGGUUGGAUGAGAAGGAGAAGCUGGGCUUGGACUUUCCAAAUUUGCCCUACCUCUUGGAUGGAGAUGUUAAAUUGACUCAAAGUAACACAAUUCUGCGCUACAUUUCCCGCAAGCAUGGAUUGUGUGGUAAUACUGAAAAUGAAGAGACUUUUGUAUCGCUGUUUGAAAAUGAAACAAUGGAUUUCAGAAUGCAGAUUGCUUCUCUUGCAUACAAUUCUCAGUUUGAACAGCUGAAGGGACCAUAUCUGGAAAAGCUACAAACUGUUUUGGCAAGAUACUCUAGAUUUUUGGGGGAAAGACAAUGGUUUGUUGGGGACAAGCUCACACUUGCAGAUUUUCUGGUAUAUGAUGCCCUGGAUUCGAACAAAAUUUUGGAUCCUACAUGCCUCCAAAAUUUCAAAAACUUACAGGACUUUCUGACACGUUUUGAGGCUCUCCCUGCUAUUGCUGCAUACUUGAAAACACCCCGUUGUAAGAGAAUUCCUGUUAACGGCAGAGAAGCAUUUUGGUCUAACAAAUGAUCCUGCACAAUAGUUUUUCAUUGACAGAUGUGCAGCCAUGUGAACGAUGGUUAUUUGUGUAAAGGACAAACUUUAAAAAUUCUGUUUGUAAAUUCCUCAUCUGAGCUGCUGUUUCCCCUGGUCCCACCAACUUUUAAAACCUUUAUAUGAGCUGGAGCCUUCCACUUGGUCUCCUUGGUAACUGUGACAGCGGUACACCCAGUGCUGUAGGAAUGUAAUAGUACUGGGUUUUAACUGAUAUGGUUACCAAGGAGACAAAGUGGGAGAUUCCAGCUCAUAUCUUGUUUUAAAAGCUAGUUGGACCAGGGAAAGUGGCAGCUCAGAUGAGGAAUUUAGACAGGUUUUUAUUUUAUUUAUAACUCCACCAAUAACAUAUGCAAAAUCAGAGUAACAUGGCACUAGAGAUGAGCGAACUUACAGUAAAUUUGAUUCCUCGCGAACUUCUCGGCUCGGCAGUUGAUGACUUAACCUGCAUAAAUGAGUUCAGCUUUCAGGUGCUCCGGUGGGCUGGAAAAGGUGGAUAAAGUCCUAGGAAAGAUUCUCCUAGGACUGUAUCCACCUUUUCCAGCCCACGGGAGAACCUGACGAAUCGAAUUUACUGUAAGUUCCCUCAUCUCUACAUGGCACCACUGAAAUAGACAAUCAAGGAGAUCCGUGCCCAGCCAACACCAAAACAGUAGACAUAAACACAUACAGAACACACACACACACCCCCGGAGUUACCCACCACUUCCCAGUCCAUGAUAGAGUCAAUCAUAUUGCCCAAGAGAACUGACCCAUUCCAUGACUACCAUGACUACCAACUCUCCUAUCAUUAGCCAGGGCAUACAGACAAUAGGGGAGAUUUAUCAAAACCAAUGUAGAGUAAAAGUUGACCAGUUGCCUAUCAAUCAGCUUGCUUCUUUCAUUUUUUAAAAGGCUUAUGAAAAAUGAAAGAAGCAAUCUGAUUGGUUGCUAUGGGCAACUGGUCAACUUUUUCUUUACUUGGGUAUUGAUAAAUCUCCUCCAAAAUGUAUAAAGUUUGUCCUUUACACAAAUGACUAUGUGCUCAUGACUGGUCAUAAAUUGGCUUAUCCAAUUUACAGUAGAGAAGUGUUAGAGACCAAGUUUAUGGCAACUCUUCUGAUGAUUUGAAGUCAGAAACUUUCAUCAUCCACUGUAUGUGAGAACUUGCAGGCUAGAGAAGAGAAAUUGAGCAAUGUUCCUAAUAAAGCCAUUCUAAAAAUGUA